AUGACAAACCAAAAUGCACCCAAUCCGGUCUCCUAUCGUUCCAUUACACGGGAGCUGAAAAACCCACCAAAAUUUGGCAAACCCCCAAAGGACCACUGCGAUCCUUUCUUGCCCGAAAGCAGGGUGCAUACACUGGUUCAAAGAGACCGUGUUGAGUCAACAUUGAGGGCUAAAAUACCCACCCUCACCCACAGCGACCUUAAGAAGUUGACCAAUUAUGUCAUGGACAAAGCAAGUAAGGUAUUCUUGACACUUGUCCGCUCAGAAGCCGUCCCGGGACACUUGGAACUCUUCCAAUCGCAUGGCUUCACUGACGCGGACCUACCGAUUGGAUUGAACGGCGACAACGGUGACGGAAUAUGCAGUGUAGGGUUAGACGGCAAGCCGAAAGAUCCGAAUGGACAAUCUCUGGACCUUUUCGAUAACUGGUCCGACGCGACUAUAGAGACUUUCUUCCAACGCCAAUGGAUUUUCUUAGCCCCGACUUUUCGAAAGGCUCAAUUCGAGUACAAAUUCGAUCAUCACUGUUCACUGCCAUUCGUUGAUCUGCAAGACGAAUAUCCACAUAAAGGCGCAUUUGGCGCAGUUCGCAGACUCGGCUUGCAAAUCGAAUACACGGACUUUCUGACUUUCGACAAGACAGACAAAAGUGCAAAGCCAUAUGUUGAAGUCGCUGUGAAGGUUCUAACUUCUACGCCUGCCGUAGACGUGAAGAAGUUCUACCGAAAAGAAAUGGAAACACUCAAGGUGAUGAGGAGACUGAAAGACGAUCAUCUGAUUCGAGCCAUUGCCGUGUACAAGAAAGGCAAGCAGAAAUGCUUCGUCUUUCCCUGGGCUCAUGGAGGCAGCCUCCAGGACCUUUGGAAGAGAGAUCGAACCAAACUCAGUAAGGAGCUGGUUACGUGGGCUAUUGCGCAAAUGUACGGAAUUUCGAGUGCUAUUGAAAAGCUUCACGGAUCAGGCGAAGAAGGUAUUCGCCAUGGAGACAUCAAGCCCCUAAACAUCCUUCACUUCCCUAAAUCUCGAGACGGAUCCUCCUGGGGAACUCUGGUGGUCGCUGACGUUGGGCUUGCAAAACUCCACAAAGACUACACCGACCUUCGGGAAGGGACAACCACCAAACAUGGAACCACCAUGUACGAACCGCCUGAAAUGGAGAAUUUCGCCGUUAAGACUACAACAAUUUCCCGCAGGUACGACGUAUGGAGUUUGGGUUGCGUUUUCCUCGAGUUCACUACCUGGCUGCUCUAUGGGAAGGCUGGACUUGAUCAAUUCUACGGAAACCUCACAGCUUCGAAGACAUAUAGGUUCUGGAUAGGAAGUCCAAGAGGCCCAAUACUUCAUCCCGUCGUGGGAUCGCUGAUAAAACGGAUCAAGAACGAUGUCAAGCAGAACACCGCUCUUUGGAGAUUGGCGGAGCUCGUAUCCUCGUGGCUUCUUGUCGGGAUCGAUGAAGAUCGCCGCAUGGCUGGGCAGCCUACCAAGUACACAGGACGUGCAACUGCCCUUGAGCUUGUCGAAGAGCUUAGAGGUAUUCGUAACAUAGGCUCGAAAAAUGGUUCGUACUACUUCGAUUCUGAUAUGAAAACGAUAGCCGAGCAACGACCAGACCCUAACUUGAACAUUGCAACCGACCAGGGGGUCGCGCUGCGUUCUGAACAACGCACAACAAAACUUGAUGACAUGUGGCGAAACAUACCAGACAACAGCUGGGGACGUAUCUUGACUCAACGUCUUGACUGGGGCCCGCUGAGGCCAGCAGUUGAAUCUUCAAGACUUUGCAGUCCUUGCAGAAACACCAAUUUCCUAAAUUUUCGCCUGGAGUUGGAUCGGAGUCUUGGUGAUUUGAGUCGCGCAUCUGAUGAAUGCCCUAUGUGCUGUUUCCUUUUCCACUGUAUUUCGAAACGGUCACUGAAUUGGGAUGAAAUGGUGAAGCUAUCCUCGAGCAAUGAUGAACACACAUUUUUAUCAUCUAUCAACGGUGCACCAGCUAUAUCACUCUACUUUGAUCCCGAGUCUCACGGCCAAAUCCCAGCCCGCGCGCAACUGGGACUGCCUCUACUUCCAGAACCUGGCAGUCCACAGCAGUUCAACCUUCUCAAGCAAUGGGUUGAGCUUUGCAACACACGGCAUCAGUGUUUGCAGACUAAGGAGAGACCAUCGGGGCAAAUGCCGACAAGGCUGCUUUACGUGGGAACUGGUUGUGACCCCUCUCUGCGCCUCAUCGAGACAAACGAUGGCAAAGUGAACGGCCAUUAUGUGGCUCUAAGCCACUGCUGGGGAGUUCUAAACAAGGAACAGAGGGUCUGCACGUAUGCCGACAACAUCGAGAUGUUCAAGAAAACAAUCCCUUCCCAAACUUUGCCGCACACUUUUCGGGAUGCAGUCACAGUCACGCGCGCACUAGGAGUUUCAUAUCUCUGGAUCGACUCCCUUUGUAUCAUACAGGAGGAUGAUGAAGACUGGAGAUCCGAGGCGGCUAGAAUGGAGGAUGUUUUCAGUUCAGCGUACUGCACUAUCGCGGCUAGCUCCUCUACAUCAUCCCUAGAUGGGUUCAUCGCCAAACGGGCCCAAAGGGCAGCAGUAGGCAUCCGGACUUCUCAAGGCACCCUCUACUUGGCUGAGGCAAUCGAUGACUUCGAGACACACGUCGAGAAGGGUGUUCUGAACACCCGUGGCUGGGUACUCCAGGAACGAGCUCUGUCAAGACGAACCGUACACUUUACUUCCACCCAAAUGUACUGGGAAUGUGGAGAGGGUGUUCAUUGUGAGACGCUCGCGGAGCUUGGAAACCGACAAUCGAUGUUCCUCGGGGACUCGAACUUCCCAACGUACGGGCUCGAGUAUUACAGAGACGAGCGCAUCCGACUCGUACAGUAUCUCUAUCAAGUCUACAGUGGACUUAGCCUCACGAAGUCUCAUGACCGCUCAAAGGCGAUUCUCGGACUGCAAAAACGCCUAGGCUCCACGUUUAAAUCUAAAGCCAUGUAUGGUGUCAUCUCAAAGUAUUUUGAGAGAACUUUCCUUUGGCAAGCGGACGUCCCAGGUUCUCUAUCACAGAUACACUAUGAAUCAAGCCAGACAGUUCCUUCAUGGUCGUGGAUGGCAGUCAUGGGAAGAAUUCGAUACAUGGACAUUCCGUUCGGCGAAGUAACAUGGACGGGCGAUCUUGAAAACCCAUUCAAGCCAGGCUUUGAUGAUACUGAGUGGAAUGGGCGACUGGUUGCUAAGGCAAAGAGGCUUGCAAUCGACGAUGGUGAAUUUGCAGAGAGAUGCAAGGUCGAUCUGAGUCUUUACAAAUUCGAGCCAAGAAGCUGGAAGUGCGUGGUUGUAGGGGAGAGCAAGGUCGCCAACGAGGACGGCGACAAGAACCAAUACGUUUUGCUGAUACGCAAGAGAUCAUCUGUCGUGGCAACCACUGUCUACGAGCGAGUCGGGGUGGGGAUUCUUUUGCAGACACAAAUUGGUUUGAGGUCUAUCAAAGUUCAUCUUGUAUGA